AUGUUGCUUGCAAUUUUCUACUUUGUGAUAAGCACUCUUACAGCAAAGUGUACUACGCAGACACAAACUUGUGAAGCUGAGAAGUGCGAAAUGGUUGGUGAAACAGAAAUCUGUACACGGUGUCAAACAGGAAAAGUUCCAAUUGAUGGAAAGUGCGUAGAUGCUACUGCUAAUGCAAACUGCAAAAACGCUAGCGGUGAUGGUGAUGCAAACCAAGUCUGCGGAAAAUGCAUAGGAGCUAACUUUUUCAUGUAUAAGGGCGGAUGCUAUGAUAAAGAGAAGGUACCGGGAAAUACUCUGUGCACAACUGUGUCACCAGAUGGAGUAUGCUCAGUAGCUGCGAAUGAAUACUUUGUUCCACCAAAUGCGGAUGCUACUCAUGAUUCAGUCGUAUCAUGUUCUGAGGAAACCCCAAUACAUCUUGCUAAUAACAAGCAGUACAUAGGCGUAGCGGGAUGUGCUACUUGCAGUGCUCCUAAGGCUCCUGGUGAAGACAACACCCCAAAGGCUGCUACGUGUACUAAGUGUGCAGCAGGAUUUCUACAUACUCCAUCUGAAGGACUGAGUUCAUGCGAAGAAACAUGCCCAGAGGGAUACUUCGGGCACACAGCUACUGCUGAAAGCAAGAAGACUUGCAAAUCAUGCACAGGCGGAUCUAGCGAAGCACCGAAUGUAAAGGGUAUUGGAGACUGUCUGAAGUGCAUGUACAAUGAGGCUAGCGGCAAUACCCUUACGUGCGAAAAAUGCAGUGCACAAAAGAAGCCAAGUCUAGAUAAAACAAGUUGUAAUGAUUGUACAGGUCAAAACUGCGCUUUCUGUAGUUCUAGUGGGGGAGACUGUGAGGGAUGUGACUCUGGUUUCAUCUUGGAUGGACAAAACUGUGUUAAGAGCGACUGCAAGACUGAGAACUGCAAGGCGUGCACCAAUCCGAAGGCAGCAAACGAGGUCUGCACAGAGUGCAUCUCCACUCACCAUCUCACGCCGACAAGUCAAUGUGUGCAGUACUGUCAAGCACUUGGAAACUACUAUGCUGGCACUAAUGCUGACAACAAAAAGGCAUGCAAGGAGUGCACUGUGGCUAACUGCAAAACUUGCAAUGAUCAGGGGCAGUGUCAAACAUGCAACGACGGAUUCUAUAAAAACGGCGACGCAUGCUCUCCGUGCCACGAAAGCUGCAAGACAUGCAGCGCAGGCACUGCCAGCGACUGCACCGAGUGUCCCACUGGAAAAGCACUUAAGUAUGGAAACGACGGUACUAAGGGCACGUGUGGAGAAGGCUGCACAACAGGCCAAGGCAGCGGUGCCUGCAAAACGUGUGGGCUCACUAUCGAUGGUGCUAGCUACUGCUCUGAGUGUGAUACACAAAAUGAAUAUCCUCAAAAUGGGAUCUGUACUUCAACGACCGCUCGUACUGUGGCUACUUGUAAGAAUAGCAACGUUGCCAAUGGCAUAUGUAGCUCAUGUACCAAUGGAUUUCUUCGUAUGAACGGAGGCUGCUAUGAGACGACCAAGUUUCCGGGAAAGAGCGUCUGCGAAGGUGCAAACGCAGACGCAGACACGUGCAAAGCACCUGUUCCAGGUUACAAAGUAGAGGCAGGAAAGCUUGUGAUGUGCUCUAAGGGCUGUGACACGUGCAGCGACGCAACUACUUGUACAAAAUGUGGAGAUGGAUACACAAAAAUUGAAAACAGCCAAACAUGCACAAAGUGUGAUUCCAGCUGUGAAACAUGUACUGGAGCAGCUACAACAUGUAAGGUGUGUGCUACAGGAUACUACAAGACCGCAUUGGGAGAAAGUACGUGCACAUCCUGCGAAAAUGAUAGCAACGGAGUCAUCGGUGUCAAGGGCUGCUUAAACUGCGCUCCUCCAUCGUCUAGUACUGGCUCCGUUCUCUGCUACCUCAUGAAAGGUGAGAAUACUGGUGGAAGCGUCAACAAGAGCGGCCUUUCCACUGGCGCCAUCGCGGGGAUCUCCGUCGCAGCCGUCGUCGUCGUGGCCGGCCUUGUGGGCUUCCUCUGCUGGUGGUUCAUCUGCCGUGGAAAGGCGUAG